UCCUAGAUUGGCCGGGAGAAUUGACCAAUGGGAAGCCCUGGGAGGCGGAGCUAGGGCGCCAGAAGCUAGAGGAAGACCUGCAAAUUUCAAGUUGGCUGCGACGUGGGCUCCGCGUGGGGGAGGGGCAGCAGGUUUUUCUCACUGGAUCUCUGAAUACCCAGGCCCCCUCCACCAUGGCCAGUCGGGGUGGGGGCCGGGGUCGUGGCCGGGGCCAGCUGACCUUCAACAUGGAGGCUGUGGGCAUUGGGAAGGGGGAUGCUCUUCCCCCACCCACCCUGCAGCCUUCUCCACUCUUCCCUCCCUUGGAGUUCCGUCCAGUGCCUCUGCCCUCAGGAGAGGAAGGGGAAUAUGUUCUGGCACUAAAGCAGGAGCUACGAGGGGCCAUGAGGCAGCUCCCCUACUUCAUCCGGCCAGCUGUCCCCAAGAGAGAUGUGGAGCGUUACUCAGACAAAUAUCAGAUGUCAGGGCCGAUUGACAAUGCCAUCGAUUGGAACCCUGAUUGGCGACGUUUACCCCGUGAGUUAAAGAUCCGAGUGCGGAAGCUACAAAAGGAACGGACCACCAUCCUAAUCCCCAAGAGGCCCCCCAAGAACACAGAAGAUAAGGAAGAAACAAUACAGAAACUGGAGACCCUGGAGAAGAAGGAGGAGGAAGUGACUUCAGAGGAAGAUGAAGAGAAAGAAGAAGAAGAAGAGAAGGAAGAGGAAGAAGAAGAGGAGUACGACGAAGAAGAACAUGAAGAGGAAACUGAUUACAUCAUGUCAUAUUUUGACAAUGGAGAGGACUUUGGGGGUGACAGUGAUGACAAUAUGGAUGAGGCUAUAUACUGAAGAAGGACCCUGAACAAUAUCUCAGACCUUCACAUCAUUCUUGAUUGAAGAUACAGAAGUAACUGUCGCUAUUACUUGGUUUUGUGGACAAGCAAAUCAUUUGCUUAGAGUCCAGAUAAACUGGCCCUGGAGGUAGGAAUGGAGAAUGAUGACAGAUAGUUCUCUUUUCCACCCUUCCCCUCUUUCUACCCUUGUGUCACCUCUGAUAGCUUGGGGGGAAAGGGCAAAGGACCAAUGUCUUAAUUGUACGAAAGAAGGAAGGGUCAAAGAAGAACUGGGCUUUUAGAGCUGAGACAGCUGUACACGUGCCACUCCCCGCACUUUUUUGCAGUGGAAGAUAAUUGGGGGUGUAUGCAGUUAGGAGGAGUAAGGCCAGUCUUAUAUUUUUAAAUAAAAUGUUUUUAGCUGUC